AUGUCCGAGGAAGCAUGGAUUGAAGAGUAUUCCGAAAAAGAACUCAACUUUAUCGAAGAAAUCCAAAAGGUUGAAAUUGAAGAAGCCGAGACUCUAUUGAAAAAGUACUCGUUGCCGACUCUCCAAAAGAAUGGAAUUGCUUUAGUUAAUCUUCGUAUAAGUUCUAUUCGAACGGGUUUUGGUGGAAAAACGGUAAUUGAAUUAGAGAGAGAUCCAGCUUUUAGUAAUUCAGAUAUCUUACCCGUGAAUUCGUUUUCUCCAGGAGAUGUGGUGAGAUUGAGCCAAGGAGGAGGGAAGUCAGAUACUCGAGCUUCAAAAUCUGUUGAUAAAAACAAAGGAACUGACCCUUCUACCGAAGGUGUUAUAACACGAGUUCAAGAGAAAAGCAUUUCAAUUGCUCUCAACUCGGAAGAGGAUGUUCCUUCAUUAGCUGAGGGCUUGUCAAUAGUAAAACUCGCUAAUCGCACAACUUAUGAGCGAAUGAAAGAUACCAUGAUUGAAUGGAAGAAAAACCUGCCCGAAUAUCGGAUGCCAUUAUUUUACACAUUGACAGGAAAAAGGGAAGCCGAUACUUCUCUUGAAGAAGAUAUGAUUAGCGAACUAAACUUUUUCAAUAACGAACUUAAUGAUGGUCAAAAAGAAGCAGUUCGUUUCUCUUUGGGUGUUCAGGAGUUAGCUCUUAUUCAUGGACCACCUGGAACCGGUAAAACUCAUACACUGGUCGAAAUUAUUCGUCAACUUGUAAAGAAAGGGAAAAGAGUUUUGGUCAGUGGUGCCUCGAAUUUGUCUGUUGACAAUAUCGUCGACCGCAUUAGUCAAUAUGGAAUACCGAUGGUACGGUUAGGGCAUCCUGCACGACUCUUGCCUAGUGUUUUAAAUCAUUCUCUGGAUUUUUUGUCUAGAAGUGGGAAUUGUGGAGAAGUUAUUAAUGGUAUUAGCGAAGAUAUUGACAUUGAACUCAACAAAAUCAGAAAAACUAAGAGUGGAAAAGAAAGAAGGGAAAUAUAUAAACAUGUGAGAGAGCUUCGAAAAGAUUAUAGGCGUUAUGAAUCGCAAAACGUUUCAGAGUGUUUGAGGACAAGUGAUAUUGUCUUUUGCACGUUACAUGGUGCCGGGUCGCGUCAAUUAAGAAAUGAAAAAUUUGAUGUGGUUAUUAUAGAUGAAGCCUCACAGGCUUUAGAGCCGCAAUGUUGGAUUGCACUCUUAGGAGCGAAAAAGGCGAUUUUAGCAGGAGACCAUAUGCAACUCUCACCGAAUUUGCAAACAAAAAACCCUUAUUUUUCUAUGUUUGAGCGUUUGUUGAAAAUACAAGGAGACAAAGUAAAACGCUUUUUGAAUAUCCAAUAUCGAAUGCACGAGCUCAUCAACAGGUUUCCUUCUAAUACAUUUUAUGAGGGCAAGCUUAUUCCGGCACCUGCGGUAGCGAAGCGUUUGCUAAUGGAUUUACCAUAUGUUGAAGAAACCGAGUUGACGGAUGCGCCCAUAUACUUCUAUGACACGGACGGUAAUUAUCAGGAAGAUGGUGAUAAAGACAUGGGUACUACCUUGUACCAAGAUAGUAAAAGUAACAAGUGGGAAGCGCAAAUCGUGUGCCAUCAUGUUUCAGAGCUACUGAGUGCUGGACUUAAGGAAGAGGAUAUGGCCAUUGUAACGCCAUAUAAUGCUCAGGUUGCUUUAAUCCGAAGCAUGUUGAAGCUUCGAGGAAUUGAAGUUGAAAUGGGCAGUGUAGAUCGAGUGCAAGGACGAGAAAAGGAAGCCAUUAUUUUUUCGCUGGUCAGAAGUAAUGAUUUCCGCGAAGUUGGCUUUCUGGCCGAAAAGAAGCGAUUGAAUGUCGCAAUUACCCGACCAAAGCGACAAUUAUGUGUUGUUGGAGACGGAAAUACUGUGAAGUGGGCCAGCGACUUUUUUCAAAGAUGGAUGAAUUUCCUCGAAGAAGAAGCAGUUGUAAUGGAAGUUGAACCUUCCAUAUUUGAAUAA